CUUAAACCGUGCUAGCCGAAUGUUUACUGUCUGAAAAACAAGGAUAUAUAAUAUUCAGGUGAAGUCUGUUUUGAGGGUAAUUUUGGAUUUUUGGAUUAUCAUUUCGAAAUAUUGUUUUGUGGAAAAAGCUACAAUUAGAAUCGAUGAUUUGAAAGAGCUGUAUGAUAAUGACCGUGGAUUUCACAAUUGUAUAAGGAUGAUAACACUGAUUUAACGAAACAGUUCUGAACGAUUCAAAACAUAGCAGAAUUGUAGAUCGAACCCAACCACCCGUAAAAUGAUCUGGCACGUAGGGUGGAAGGUUGCCAUGACAACGGCGUGCCUGCUUGUCACGUGUGGGCGGGUGCAAGGCCUGGGUCACGUGAUUCUCUCCGGUGACGUGUACAUAGAAUACGUGGGAGCCGUGUACGAGGACUCCUCGUGCACUCACGUCUCGCCCGAGACCGUUCAAAACAUUCAAGCGAUCAAGUGGAUUCUCACCCGACUGAACAACGAAAAUUUCAUUAACGGAACUAAAUUAGGUUUACGUAUUAACCCAACAUGCGGGUCGGUGGAAAACGCCAAAAGUAUAGCCCAUCAACUUGCAGUAGAAAUGGCGAGUAGCAGUACAACAGAUAUUGUUGGCUUGAUUGGGUCAGACUACAGCUCAGAAUCUGCGGUCAUUUCUCGUCUAAUAAGCUCACUUCCGGACCAGUAUCGUCUGCUGCAGGUUGCCUACUCUUCAACCUCCGCGUCGCUUAGAAACCAAGACAUAUACACGAACUUCAUCCGACCAGUGCCCGCAGACGACAUUCAAGUCAAGGUAUUGAGGGAGUUUCUUCUUAGUAUGAACUGGACUAUGAUGGCUAUGAUCUACGAUGACGACACUUAUGGAAAUGGUGGCUUCGAGGCGCUGAGUGCCGACGCCCACGGACUCGACGUCUGCUUUCCGGUCAGCAUCCCCGUGCCGACGGACCGACGUAACGUAACGGAACUUGAAGAAAUCAUCAGACGUCAGAUUUACCGUGUUAACGUCACUAGUUUACCCACAAUCUCUGGUAUAUUGAUAUUCGGCAGCUAUAAUCUCGUUGAGGCUGUGAUGCAAGCCGUCGAGAAUAUUCACUCCGAUCCCGCAAUGGCUGGUUACCAGCGACCCGCGUUCUUGUUGUCAGAAGCUGGGGGUUAUAUCGAGGGUCAAUUCACUAACGUCAGCAAAGGCGCGUUUAUAUUGAGUCCUCCAAAACGUAACAUUAGUAGUUUUAGCGAUGACUACUGGCGUCCAAUGUUGAAUUCGUCGACAAAACUUAAAGAGGAAGCUAAUGUUAAUAAGUAUUUCCAGCAAAUGAUUGAACAACUCGGCAACUGCCAGCUGUCCAACUCAACAGCUGCUGACUACUGUGCUCUUUUAGAAGACGAAACUAUCAAACAGGAUAUUCGGAACUCAAUUUUUACACAAUAUGCCAUCCAGGCCGCUAUGUUAGCCGCUUACGCCACCAAAACAGUCCGAAGUAAGGCCUGUGGAAAUAUAAAUGGCGUGUGUCAAGCUUUUCUUAAUACUUCAGCCACGCCCCGGGCGAAAAUGAUAGACGCGAUACAAAAUGUAGACAUCAAGUUCGAUGAGGAUUUCAAAACCGUUCGGAUCCCUGAAUUCCGAAACCCUGAACAUCUGAUUAUCCGUUUCAACGGAAGUUCGGACGUGACUUUCGGAAGCCCGGAACUCCCUCUGUAUGAAAUAUACAACCACCGCGACUACCCCAACUGUCCAUAUCCGGGAGAUCCAUGUCUUAUAAAGAUUGCUGACACAAAAACAGGUAACUCGCUAACGAAAAACUUGUUCCCCGACAUUCGUGAUUACGACGUUGGCGGCCAAGAGCAUUCAUGGCCAGAUAUCCGGAAACCGCAGUGUCCGGAUGGAGCAACCUCCGCCACGUGCAUCGCCCGCGAGGAGAACGAGUUCAUGAUAUACGAGCCCGGCGACAUGUACAUUGUGGGUAUCGCACCCGUUCAUGACGUUGGUAACACGCCCCUCAAAUGCGGAAAUAUCAAACCGGGGGGUGUCGACAUGGUAGAGGGAAUACGAUUUGCGUUAAAAGACUUAAAGGAGAAACAUUUCGCACCGGAAGCCAAACUUGGCUUGAUUAUCAUUGACAGUUGUGACGAUCCCCAGAUCUUACAAGAAAAGGUGCUGACGUUGCAUCGAUUUGGCGUCUACGUCAGCGGUCGGUAUGAGCCGGUGCAUGAUAAGAUUCUCGGCUACGUCGGCGGCUGGACGAGUGACGUCAGUACCGCAAUUGCGCAGAUCACCAGCCGUCUCCAUUACGUUCAAGUCAGCUACGCGUCAACGGCCGCGUCGCUCAGUAGGCGUCAACAGUACCCAUACUUCCUGCGGGUGCCCUCUUCUGACGCCGAGCAGGUCAGGGUAAUGCUGAACAUAGUUAGAGAUCUUGGCGGGAAAAUGAUUCAAAUUAUGUACAGUGAAACAUUGUACGGUGAAGAUGGGCGAAAUCUUUUGAAGGCUUUGGCGGGACAAGAUGACGUCAACAUCUGCGUGGCCAAUGAGAUACCAGUGUCGUCCAGCACCACGGGUGAUGACGUCAUACGACUACUACGUAAAACACCGGAAGCCCGCAUGGUCGUACUUUUUGUUGCAUCUUCACAUAUCAGCAACUUUAUCGAAGCUCUCAACAAUGACCUUGACUCUAACAACGAAUUCUUAUUCAUUGGUUCGGAGGAGUGGGGACUGCGACAAAAUAUGAAACUGUACCCAAAACUCGCCGGCACGUUAGCCAUUACAUCACGUCUGUGGGCGCAGGACUCCUUUUUGAACCACUUGAAGAGUUUGGGUCCGAGUUCUGUGUCUGAGGACCCAUGGAUUAGGUCGUACUUAGAGUCUGUGUUCAACUGUUACUACCAGUGGAGUUACAAUAAGAAAUCCAGAAACAAGUGCACCGGUUUAGAACAGCUUGAGGAAGGCGCGAUCUUUCACGUGGACUCGUGGGCGCCAUUCGCCAUCCGGGCUACGGAUGUGCUGAUGGCCGGCGUUGCCGAGCGGUUGAAAGCCGUCUGUGGAGGAACUCAGAACCUGUGUGCAGAUUACCGGGAUGGCGCUAAUGCUGCGAACAAGCUGGCUGCCGCGAUCCGUCAUCAGGAGCGGAAAUCGGAUUCCCAGGACCAGGCGUCCACUCCCGUCUUUAACGAGAACGGCGACGGAACUAUCGGCUACCGGAUAUACGUGUACGACCGGAGUGCGGAAGCGCUGCGGGUCGGCACGUAUGAGCUUCAGGCAACGGGCGGAAGUAGUUUCAACUUUGACGUGCCGAUGUUCUUGAACAUUUCCGGGGUCUCCAUCAACAACAUAUGCGGGGAUUCACCAGUUUGCAGGCGCUGCUGGCCCACCACCCAAGGGCCAACAGAUCCGGGAGCAAACGGGCUUUCCAUAGGUGUGAUCGCGGUCAUCGCGGCGCUUGGACUGAUAUGCUGCGUUCUCGUCUGCGUUCUACUCUAUAUCUGCAAUAGGCAUGGGUGUUGCAUCAAAGUCGAAGGCGGACGGCCAAAGUUCAACAACACCUACCUGACGGCAAUCUACGCCGAGCAGCGGCGCCAGCACGGAAUUGACGGAAGUGAGUCUCCGGGGAAGCCAAAAGAUGAAGAAGAUUAUGACAACAUUCCCGGCGAACGCUACCAAGGCGAAAUACCAUCCAUUCACGGCAAACGCUACCAAGGCGAACUACCAUCGAGCGUCGGCAACAACUAUGGUAGAGGUUUUGAUGGCGGGACUGCGGGAUCCGGAAGCAUAGGACAGCGCUCCAACACGGAUGAAUCCUUCUCAGGCGGCAGCAUACAGACAACCGGAAGUGCUACAUAUUUGACCAAUGAGAACGGACUUCAAGCUCCCGGUUCGGUUUCUCCGCCUGCUCACACUUUUAUGAAGACAUUUAAUCAAAGCGAGGAUCCGGACUAUCUGACAGCUAGAGAGGACACAAAUAACCUGCCUCCUUUAGAUCUUAACAGCAUGGGUCUGGAAACUGGUCUAUAACACGUGUUCGUGACAUUUAAAACAGACUUAUUGACGCGCGCAAAUAGUGACCAAAAUUGCCCGUGUGUACAGUAAUUUAGAAAUGUUGGGUGAUUUUCCCAACAAAUUUUAUUCAUCUCAAAUUUAUGUUCUCUGUUGAUCUAGAUUGAAAAAGGUAACAUUCAAAAUCAAGGUAGUUUUAAACCCAUAUAUCAAUAGGUCGAUUCAGCCUACGAUUGGAACUGUUUUGUACAUGCCGAAUAUGUUGUGACUUCCGUCUCGAUCCUUACUGAUAAAGAUAGUCCCAUACAUGUUCAUUUUAUGUUACAAUUCUAUUGAUAACAAUUGCAAUCAGUCGUGAUUUUUUUUUUUUUGGUGUUUAUAAGACAUAAACUGGACAUUGGUUCGUGGAAAUACCGACUUAAGUGUUCAUGAACCCGUAAAGGGCUCAGACGAGUGUGAAAUUAUACUUUAGUGCCCAUUAACCCGUAAUGUUUCAGCUUAGUGUGAAAGACACUUAAGUGGUGAUGAACCUGUAAAGGGCUCAGAUGUGUGUGAAAUGACACUUUAGUGUUCAUGAACCGGAAAAGGGCUCAGAUGUGUGUGAAAUGACACUUUAGUGUUCAUAACCUGAAAAGUGCUCAGAUGUGUGUGAAAUGACACUUUAGUGUUCAUGAACCUGAAAAGGGCUCAGAUGUGUGUGAAAUGAUACUUUAGUGCCCAUUAACCCGUAAUGUUUCAGCUUAGUGUGAAAUGACACUUUAGUGUUCAUGAACCUGUAAAGGGCUCAGAUGUGUGUGAAAUGAUACUUUAGUGCUCAUUAACCUUCAUAGGGCGCAGAUGAGUGUGAAAUGAUACUUUAGUGCUCAUUAACCUGUAAAGAGCUCAGAUGAGUGUGAAAUGAUACUUUAGUGUUCAUGAACCUGUAAGGUUUCAGCUGAGUGUAAAAUGACACUCUUCAAAGUUUGCAAUGACAUAAUAUCAUCAAUUUAUCCUUGUGAUGACAUUCUAUGAUUACUUGAUCACAAUCUCAAAUGUUAGCUUUUUUAGUGUUCACACCUUUGAUAUGCAUGUUUUUUAUAGACAAUGAAUACUUUUUUGCAUACAUUCAAACUAUACUGAGCGACUUUAAAAACGCAGUAACUUGUAAACAAUUGUUUUAAUCAACGAUUGGUUUUUCAGCGAUGCGAAUUCUUUGUUGAGUUUGAAGUCAAUAGGUCACUCAUAUUUUGACUUCACAAUCCAUACGGAAUUUACUCGGCUGAAUAAUCUUCCGUUUCUUAAAAUAAUAUUCGCAAUUUAUUUAUACUGACUUGAUAAUUAAUGCGGAAUUACUCGACUGAAUAAUCUUAAAUGUGUUAAAACAAUAUUCGAAGGUGACCUAUACUGACUUGACGGUCUACACGGACGGAGUUACUCGGGUGAAUAAUCUUCCGUUUCUUAAACAAUGUUCGAAGGUGACCUAUACUGACUUGACGGUCUACACGGACGGAGUUACUCGGGUGAAUAAUCUUCCGUUUCUUAAACAAUGUUCGAAGGUGACCUAUACUGACUUGACGGUCUACACGGACGGAGUUUCUCGGGUGAAUAAUCUUCCGUUUCUUAAACAAUGUUCGAAGGUGACCUAUACUGACUUGACGGUCUACACGGACGGAGUUUCUCGGGUGAAUGAUCUUCCGUUUCUUAAAUAAUGUUCGAAGGUGACCUAUACUGACUUGACGGUCUACACGGACGGAGUUACUCGGGUGAAUAAUCUUCCGUUUCUUAAAUAAUGUUCGAAGGUGACCUAUACUGACUUGACGGUCUACACGGACGGAGUUACUCGGGUGAAUAAUCUUCCGUUUAAGAGUUACUCGGGUGAAUAAUCUUCCGUUUCUUAAACAAUGUUCGAAGGUGACCUAAACCGACUUGACGGUCUACACGGACGGAGUUACUCGGGUGAAUGAUCUUCUGUUUCUUAAACAAUGUUCGAAGGUGGCCUAUACUGACUUGACGGUCUACACGGACGGAGUUACUCGGGUGAAUAAUCUUCCGUUUCUUAAAUAAUGUUCGAAGGUGACCUAUACUGACUUGACGGUCUACACGGACGGAGUUACUCGGGUGAAUGAUCUUCCGUUUCUUAAAUAAUGUUCGAAGGUGACCUAUACUGACUUGACGGUCUACACGGACGGAGUUACUCGGGUGAAUAAUCUUCCGUUUCUUAAACAAUGUUCGAAGGUGACCUAUACUACAUGUAUCUUGACGGUCUACACGGACGGAGCUACUCGGGUGAAUGAUCUUCCGUUUCUUAAACAAUGUUCGAAGGUGACCUAAACCGACUUGACGGUCUACACGGACGGAGUUACUCGGGUGAAUAAUCUUCCUUUUCUUAAACAAUGUUCGAAGGUGACCUAUACUGACUUGACGGUCUACACGGACGGAGUUACUCGGGUGAAUAAUCUUCCCUUUCUUAAACAAUGUUCGAAGGUGACCUAAACCGACUUGACGGUCUACACGGACGGAGUUACUCGAGUGAAUAAUCUUCCGUUUCUUAAACAAUGUUCGAAGGUGACCUAUACUGACUUGACGGUCUACACGGACGGAGUUACUCGGGUGAAUAAUCUUCCGUUUCUUAAAUAAUGUUCGAAGGUGACCUAAACCGACUUGACGGUCUACACGGACGGAGUUACUCGGGUGAAUAAUCUUCCUUUUCUUAAACAAUGUUCGAAGGUGACCUAUACUGACUUGACGGUCUACACGGACGGAGUUACUCGGGUGAAUAAUCUUCCGUUUCUUAAACAAUGUUCGAAGGUGACCUAUACUGACUUGACGGUCUACACGGACGGAGUUACUCGGGUGAAUGAUCAUCCGUUUCUUAAAUAAUGUUCGAAGGUGACCUAUACUGACUUGACGGUCUACACGGACGGAGUUUCUCGGGUGAAUGAUCUUCCGUUUCUUAAAUAAUGUUCGAAGGUGACCUAUACUGACUUGACGGUCUACACGGACGGAGUUACUCGGGUGAAUAAUCUUCCGUUUCUUAAAUAAUGUUCGAAGGUGACCUAUACUGACUUGACGGUCUACCCGGACGGAGUUACUCGGGUGAAUAAUCUUCCGUUUAAGAGUUACUCGGGUGAAUAAUCUUCCGUUUCUUAAACAAUGUUCGAAGGUGACCUAAACCGACUUGACGGUCUACACGGACGGAGUUACUCGGGUGAAUGAUCUUCUGUUUCUUAAACAAUGUUCGAAGGUGACCUAUACUGACUUGACGGUCUACACGGACGGAGUUACUCGGGUGAAUAAUCUUCCGUUUCUUAAAUAAUGUUCGAAGGUGACCUAUACUGACUUGACGGUCUACACGGACGGAGUUACUCGGGUGAAUGAUCUUCCGUUUCUUAAAUAAUGUUCGAAGGUGACCUAUACUGACUUGACGGUCUACACGGACGGAGUUACUCGGGUGAAUAAUCUUCCGUUUCUUAAACAAUGUUCGAAGGUGACCUAUACUACAUGUAUCUUGACGGUCUACACGGACGGAGCUACUCGGGUGAAUGAUCUUCCGUUUCUUAAACAAUGUUCGAUGGUGACCCGUACUGACUUGACAAUACUUGGUUGAGUAGUCUUUGGUUUCUUAAAAUAAUAUUCGAAGGGGGCCUAUACUGAUUUGAUAUUCCACAAAGAAUUUACUCGGCUGAAUAAUAUUCUGAUUAUAAAAAAAACUUUUCAAAAUAUUGGGUUAAUAAAGUCUUUCAGUAUAUGUGCUAUUUUUUUCCUGGUAAACUGCACUAUUAUGAUAUCCAUCUGUCGUUCUAAUACUUUGAUAUGUACAUUAUGAUUAUUUUUAACAAAGUGCCAUAUAUAUAUAUAAAUAUAAUAAUAUAUACUUUUUUAUUUUAACAAUAAAAUAUGUGAAUACUG